UUAAUUAUGGAGAAAUUGAUACCUUUUAUAAAUGAUUUACAUGUACUAUUCAUAUAUUGAUAUCAAUAAGGAUAUUUUAAGUUCAGCUGGUUUGAGUAAUGAGUUGAAUUUACCAUCAAUUGUAGUGAUAGGAUCUUAAUCUGUCGGGAAAUCAUCUCUUCUUGAAAGUAUUGUGGGAAGAGAAUUUCUACCAAGAGGAAAAGGAAUUGUUACAAGGAGGCCAAUAGAGAUUUAAUUACAUUAGGUUGUUGAUGCUGAGUAGAGUUGGUUUGAAUUUAUGGAUAAGAGGGGAGAGAAAAUUUUUGAGUCAGAAGAGAUAAGAAAAUUAAUUGAAUAAGAGACUGACAAAGUAGCAGGAAAAAAUAAAGGGAUAUCUCCAUUAUCUAUAAAAGUUAAAUAUUUUUCGAAGGAUAUACUAAAUUUACAAUUAAUUGAUUUACCAGGAAUUACAAAGAAUCCUGUUGGAGAUUAACCUUAAGAUAUUGAAUAAAAGGUUUUGGAUAUAGUAUUACCUUUCAUUAAAAAUUAAAAUAGUUUGAUUUUAGCAGUUUCAAAAGCUUCAGAUGAUUUGGCAACAUCAGAUGGAUUAAAAUUAGCUAGAAGUGUAGAUCCGAAUGGAUUAAGAACAAUAGGAGUAAUAACUUAAUUGGAUUUAAUGGAUGAAGGAUGUGAUAUAUUGAAUGAUCUACUUAAUCAGACUUACCCUUUGUAAUUGGGUUAUGUUGGUGUUAUAAUGAGAGGAUAGAAAGAUAUUCAAAAGAACAAAACAAUUUAGGAUUAAUUGAAGGAUGAAAAGACAUUUUUCGAAACUCACAAAAUAUAUAAGAAAUACUCAGAGAAGAUGGGUAUUGGAUAUUUAGUUAAGACUUUAAAUAUGAAUUUUAUUUAACAUAUUAAGAGAGCAUUACCUGUAAUUAGAGAGACAAUAAUAAGUUUAGCUUAGAUGAAGGAAUAUGAAUUAAAGUAAUAUGGUGAUUAUGACAAUUUGGAAUCUAAGGAAACAAAGAAUUUAUUAGUCUUAACACUAAUUUCUAAGUUUUCCAACUCUUAUAAGGAUAUGUUAGAAGGAAGAUGCUUAGAUAUAACUAGUAAAGAAUUGAUUGGUGGAUCAAGAAUAAUUUAUGUAUUUAAUGAAACCUUUAGAAGGACAAUUUAAAAAAUGAAUCCAUUUGAUGUGUUAAGUGAUGAUGAAAUAAGAACAGCAAUAAAAAAUGCUAAUGGAAUUAGACCUAGUUUAUUUGUACCUUAAGGGGCAUUUGAAUUAUUAGUUAGAUAAUAAAUUUAAAGAUUACGCAUGCCUUCAAUUGAAUGUUCUCAUAUAAUAUUUGAAGAAUUAAGAAGAGUUAUAAAUUAAAUUUCAAUACCUGAAAUUGAAAGAUUCGAUGUAUUAUCCAAUAGAAUUUAAGAAGUGAUUGAAAAUCUUUUAAAUAAAUGUUUAAUUCAAACAGAUGAAAUAAUAUAGAAUUUAUUAGAAAUUGAGAUUGGAUAUAUAAAUACUAGUCAUCCAGAUUUUGUAUCUGGAAUGGAUUUAGUUAAUAAAGAUGAAUAAAGAUAAUAACCAUAAUAAAUUAUAAGGGAGAAAUCGCCUGUUUAAAGUGAAAGCGAAUCUGGCAAAUUUUUAAAUUUUUGGCCAUUUAAAAAUAACAAGCAAACAGAAUUAUAUGAUAGUAAACUUGAUAUUUUAAAUAAUAAAAGGAAAUUGAAUAAUUUAAAAUCAAAAAAACUGGAAUAAAUUGAUGAAAGUUUGAUAUUAUAAUAGUAAUCAGUAAUCAAUAAAAUUGCUUAUGUUAAUUAAUAGUAUUAUGUAAAUGAUCCAAAAAGAUAAUUACCUUGCGUUCCAAAUGUUAUUAAACUGAAUGAUAGACCAAGUAAAAGAGAAUAAACAGAAAUGGAUAUGAUUAAAGACCUUAUUGUUUCAUAUUUCAAUUUAGUAAAGAAGAAUAUAUGUGAUUCAAUUCCAAAAACAAUUAUUACAUUUCUUGUAAAUCAAUCAAGAAAUUUAUGCGAAAGAGAAUUGAUUGGAGUAUUAUAUAAAUCAGAUUAUGUUGAUGAAUUACUUUAGGAAAAUUAAUUUAUUUAAAAAUCUAGAAAAGAGACAAAGCAAACAUUAAUUAGUUUGAAAACUUGCCUUAAUCUAUUGAAUGAAUUAGAUUAAAAAUUCUGA